GCGUUCGUCGCGAUGGCGCGCGGCGGCCGCGGUAUGGCGCGCACGCAGUGGGCCAUGCCGGCGCGGUCGCGGGACCGCGUCAGUCACCAAUACGGCAGCGGCCCGGGCGGCGGCGGUGCUCGGCGACGUGCUGUCGUGCCCUGGACACGGCCAAGCAGAGCCAGAAGCAGGCAGGCGCCGGCGCGCCCGAGCAGUGCGUGUGAGAGAUACGUUCUACCAGUUUAGGCCCUCCUGGUUCUCGACCGAAGGCUUCCCUGGCCAUGGGGGGUGGCGCGGGCCGCGGGGGCGGCUGCGCCGGGGGUGGGCCCGGCAGCAGCGACGAGGACACGGGCGGCGGCUGUUUCGAGGGCCUUCGCGUUCGACGGGGACCUCGCGGCCGGCGCGCCCGCGGGGCCAAGGGGACCCACUCGCUGACUCUGGAGCACGACGCAAUCAAGUUCACGGCCCCGCAGCUCGCCCGAGCUGACGCCGUGCUCGCCGACAUCAUCCGAGACGACUUACCGCUGCAAGGUGACGUGGCCCCCGGCGUGGAGGCCGUUUGCGAGCGGCUGGUGCAGCGACUGCUCUGCGCCGUCGGGGCCGCGGACCCGCGUUUCUCCUCCAAGUACCUCGUGUGCCUGGACCGCCGGACGUCAGGCGAGAGCGAGGGCCUCACCCUGGAGUACCUGGUGCGCCUGGACGCGCUGUCCACCCCCGCGCUCUACCCGGGAGACCCGGCGGCGCCGUGCCGCGUCCUAGAGGGCGCCGCGCAGGAGGCCGUGCCGCAGGGCUACGCCCGCCUGCGCAUCAGCCCCUCCGGCAUGGAGCAGUGGGCCGAGUUCCUCAGUCCGAACGGCUUCAUAAGGAGGGACAAGGUGCAGGAGCGCUUUGUGGAGCUGCUGGCCGCUGCCGCGGCGCCCGUCUCGUCGCCGGCGGCGAGGCCGUCCAAGCCUCCGGUCGGGGGCGUCCCCCUGCCAACCCCCGCGCCCCGCGGACCUCGCGGGCCACACUCGCCCCUGCAGGUGGACGAGUCCCGGCUGUGCGGCGCGCCGGGCAAGGUGGUCGACGCCGCGGUCCUGGCCGACCUGCUGUCGCUCCCCGCCGACGGCCAGCUGUUCCUCGCCUCGGGCACGGACCGGUACCCGGACCCCCGGGACGCGCGCAUCGCCAUCGUGGAGGGCUCGCCCUGGGUGCGGCUCCGCCUCGGCCUGACGCGCGACGUGCUCGUCAAGCUGGUGCUCGGCGUCGGCGUGGACCGCUGGCCGCGCGGCUCGGACCUGCCUGCGCGGGUUCCGCUCACGCACCCGGACUGCCUGCUGUACCAGCACGUGGCCACGACGGGCUGCUUCCUGGUGGCGAGCGGGCCGCCGCCGCUGCUGCGCUGCGACGACCGGCCGUGCACCUGGCAGGUGUGGGCGCCGGGCGCCGAGGCGGGGCUACUGCGCCACUUCGGGCCGCGGAGCGCCGUGUCGCGCGCGCUGCGGGGGCUGGGCGCCGUGCGCCGCGCCCUGGCCCUGCGCGCCGUGUCCAGGCACGCGCUGCGCUCCCUGCUGCUGUGGCGCCUCGAGGACGGCGGCCUGGACGAGGGCGACGCGGACCAGCACAUGGGCCGGUGGCUGCCCGCCAGCGCGCCCUUGCACGUCAUCGCGGUCUUGGACAGGCUGGUGUGCGUGCUGCGCGGGGCGAGCGAGCGCAGCUACCUGUUCCCAUCGCUGCACCUGCUGACCGCGAGCGCGCGCCAGGGCGCUCCCCUGUCCGAGGACGCCCUCCUGGGGGACGCCGCCGCCCUGGCAGCGUUCUUGCGACGCCUGCACGUCGACUGCUCGGCCGCGGCCAUCCCGCAGAGCCUCGGACACGGCGGCGCUCACGGGGAGCCCCGGCGGGGAUCCCAGGAGAGCUGGACCUUUUGGCCGGGCGAGGAUGCGGCUGCUGGCGACAGUUGGACGCGCCUGGAGGAAGUGCUGCUCCCCGCCUGGAACGGGGCCGUCAAGGACAGCGCACCCCCUGCAGCCACGAGGUCGCGCCGCCUGGGCUUCCGCGUGCCUAGCGGCGGCUCUGGCCCCGCGGGCCCGGCCGCGGAGACGGCGCACUUCACGCCGAGGCAGCUGCAGUACAUCGGGGCGCUGCUCCGCGGCCUGCUGCUGUGCCGCGCGAUGCGCAUCGAGGGGCCGUCGACGCACUCCUGGUUCCCGGGGACCAUGCGGCGCCACCCGUUCGCCACGCUGUCGUCGGCGUCCUCGACCGGCACGUUGCGCUCCAACAGCUCGGACGGCUCCGACCCCAAGAAGGUCCCAAGCGACGCGGCCGUGACGCCGGACGCAGAGGACGUCGCGUGCCUCGUCGCCGUGGUGCUGGAGCAGGCCAGGACGCACGCCCUCGCCAGACGCGGCUCCCUCGGCGACGCCCGCAGUCGGUCCGGCCGGUCCCCGAGCGCCAGCGGCGACAGCCCCCAGCGGCGGCGACGGCGCGCCUCCAGCGGUAGCGCGGCCAGCGGCGGAGGCGAGCAUGCCCGCGGUCGCGGCCGCGCUAACCGCGCCCGGGCGGACAGCGUGUUCCGCCGCAGGUACAACGCGGCCGUGGACCUGCUCCUCGAAGCGAUUCGGUCCGACCCCGGGGUGGUCCUGCCCGCCGAUGACGCGGCGCUGGUGGGCUGCGUGCUGCGGUGGCUGCUGGCGAGCGCGGACCGCGCGCCCCGCGCCCUGGCCGCGCCCCUGCGCCGCUACCUACGCGCGCUGGCCCAGGCCGCGCACCGCACCGCGGGGCUGCACUCGCUGUGGGCCGCGGCGCGCGAGCGGGGGCGCGACGAGCUGGCCGCACUCGCGGCCCUCUGCCGCCUGGUGGACCAGGGCCGCGCGCAGCCCAUGCACGGCGUGGUGGAGGCCGCCGACAAAGGCUGGGAGUGGGCGCGCUGGUUGCUGCGCCUGAGCGGUCGCCUUCCCGGCGGGGUGCACGCCGUCCUGGCGCCAGCCCCCGGCCGCGUCCUGCGGUUCUCCCUGCCCUGCGACUCGCUGCCCGCCCGCUGGCAGAACCGCCCCGGUGGUGCUGGCGCCGACGACGACCUUAGACAAUCCCGCUCGCGCUCCGGCUCGUGCGGCAGGACCAGCAAGGGGUCGUCUACGAGCAGCACCAUGACGCCGGCCGUGGCCAGAGUCUACCGCGCGGCGCUGGCGAUCGGGCCCAGGUCGCCGUCCGGGUCCGAGGCCGAGGAGGAUGAGACGUGGGAGCCGCUGCACGGCCGUCUGAGACAGGCCUCGCCGCUCUCCUCCCUGCUCAUGCAGCGCCACCGCCAGGGUCUCCACCGCGCUAUCGGGGACCUUCUCCCUGCCCUGCUCGCCAUGCACAAGUUCUCGCUGGUGCAAGAGGCGGCAUGGACGCUCCCCGAGCCGCACCGGACAGAGGCCCUGGACGGCGUCGCUCGCAUCGCUCGCAAGUCCCGGCGCAGGUCCGCGGCCCGCUCCAGGAUCACGCCGACAUCCACCCUGCGCCGCGACGGCCAGGGCUCGGCGAACAUGGAGGCCGAGGCCGAGGUGUACCGCGUGACGGACGAACACGCGCUGGGUGCUGGCACCGCGCUCGACGCGGAGUCCCCGGAGGACAACGAGUCCCUGACCGAGGCGGACCGCCACCUGGAGCAGGAGCUGCGCCGCAUGAAGAUGGCCGAGUCCCUGAUCGGAACCUGUCGUGCCGCACGGGUGCCAUCGCACCUCGGGGUGGAACUUGCCUCGAUGUUCGACGACCAGCCAGGCUCUGGAGUUGGGCUCCGGUCGGGGUCCCGGACGGAUCUCGAGGCCCCGGUGCACCCGACGUCCCUCUCGACGUCCUACCCACCUCAGGCGGACGGCCAGUACGGCUUCCUCGAGCAGACGCACGACCGCCAGCUCAGGCUGGGGCCACCCCCGGGCCAUCCGGGCUACCCGACGCAGAUACCCAGCCAAAAGGUUCGCUCGCCGGCUAAGAAGAGCGACAGCCACAAGAAGAGGGAAGCUCUGACCAAAUUGUAGGCAGAUGAUCACGGAUUGAGCGCCCAACGUGUUGAAUAAGUUGCCUACCUCGACGGCGGCCGGGACCCUAUCGGGCGUCGAAUGGGUUGCCUACCUCCCCGGUGGAUAGACCACACCACGUAUACGUCGCAACGGGCAGCAAAAAACAUAAACACUAACCCCCGUUGCCCACAACUGCGAUUAUUUUUUUUUUGUGCUUGCAACUUCAGCGAGCAUGAAUUAAAAUAUAGCCAUGUGUCUAUGUCACAUAUUUAUCGAGCGUGCUCCUUCCUUUUGCUGUGUUGUCGGCUUAUUUCUGCGCGCAUAUGUUUCGCUUCUCUUCGUUUAGUGACGGACUAUCUGUCCGCAACCAAAACACUCAUUUACAUGCGGCGAUCGCCGCAAACGUGCAAAAACCGAUGGUCCGCGGAGGGAGGCAAUGAACCUUGCGGCCGGACCGGCCGGCCCCGCCAUCCCCAUUUGCAGCAGAGGGGAGUUCAUCCACCUCCUUGGUUCGCUGGCCGAAAAAGAAGAGAGAGAAAAAAAUGGCAUAGCAUCGACCCUUCAUAUUGCCGCAGUAGGAAUCACUUUUUGUGACGAAAAAAGUUCUUUCUUGAAAAGGAAACGUGGGUUUUUGAGUGGAAAGGAAUACGAAAAGAAGCUUGUAUCGUUACACUGGACCCGACGGAGCACAAUCCGGAAGGACUAUAAAAUUCGCUUUGUCGGAAAGGGAAAAAAUCUGCGCACAAUUCUUGGGCUUUUAUUAGCAUUUUUUUUACUGCGACAAUCGCAACGCCGCGUAAACCGAUCUAUGUAAAAAUACACAGUAGCGUGUGGACUUAUAACGUAGUAACUUUUGCAAGUAGACCAAAAUU